AUGGCUAAGAGGAUUGAUAGCCUGCAAGUUGCAUCAGUGAAUGUCACAACUCAACCACCAAUUGGAUGGGGAUCAAAUGAAGAAAACCAAGAGGAUCAGCAGCAGGAACAAGUUCAAUAUGUGUACAACCAAGGUUCUGGAUCAAAUGAAGUUUAUGGUGACACCUACAACCCCUCUUGGAAAAACCAUCCAAAUCUCAGGUGGAGAGAUAGCCACAAUCAAAACCAGCAGCCAUGGCAAAGAAAUUCAAACCACAACAACUCAAGAAACACAAAUAACAACAACCAGCAAAAUACUAACCCCAAUCCAUACAGAAAACCCCAAAACAAUCAUUCCAAUUCCAACUAUUAUCCAGCCACUAACCAAAAUAACUUUCAUCCACCCUCCACACCCCACAAUCAACCACAGAUAUCACAAGACACUCAAAGGAUCUCCAACCUGGAGAUACUAAUGGAAAAAAUGAUGAAACAUCAGGAGAUGACCAGCAAGAAUCAUGAAGCCUCAAUGAGAAACUUAGAGAGACAGAUUGGACAAUUGUCCAAGCAAGCUGUAAUUGAAAGGCCAACAAGCUCACUCCCAAGUGACACCAUCACAAAUCCUAAAGAAGAAUGCAAAGCUAUUCAACUAAGGAGUGGAAGGACCUUGGUGAAUAACAAAGAGGCUGAUAAGGAGCUUAUGGGCAAUGAAAAAAGGGCAACUGAGGAAGAUGAAGCUGUAUUAAAUAAGAAAAGACAGAGAAGUUUAAAGAGAAGAAUGACCAGCCACAAAAUUCAAGGAAAUGGAAGCAAGUAA